AUGUCAGAAAAUUUCGAAAAAAAAAAUCUAAUUGAGAUGAUUAACUAUGGCGGAGAUGAGGAGCCUCAAGAGCGUCCGCAAAAUAAUAUGCGUCAGCCCGAUCAGAAUUAUGAUGGUCGACGCUUUAGAAAGGCUAUUAGCCGUCGUUGGUGUGAUCAUCGCCAAGCAUUUGAAUUAUAUACCCAAGCAAGGCCAUACAAUGAGUACGAUGUCUUCCCACAAAACGUAAGCAUCGGUUACAGAAACCUUUUACCCCCAUUUUGCUAUGAUACAUCUGGUAUUAGCAUUUGUGCUAAAUUCAUUGCCCACAAGAACAACAAAUUCCGCGCUUCAACAAAAGCACUUGCAUGGCAGCCGGACAGUUUGAGGGUUGUUGUUGGUGAUCAACAAGGAAACAUCACCAUGUUCAAUGGUUUAGCCUUCUUCUACGAGUUCCACAUUCCAGCUUCCAACACAGGCAUCCAUGAUUUGAUCUGGACACAUUCCGGCGAUUAUUUACUUACUGUUGAUGCCAUGAAACAACAACAGCAAUCUCCAACCAUUAAAAUCUGGCAAGCUAACUACAACAACGUUGAGAAGCGUUCCAUCAACUGCACGAAAGAUAUCCACCAGAUUACAAUCUCUCCUACCGACCGCAAAUUUGCAUUGUGUUCUUCAGACUACACAGUUAAAGUCUGGGACCUUGCAACGCUUACAGAAGAGAUGGUCUUCACAGGCCACGGUGAAGCUGUCCGUACAGUUGACUGGCAUCCCAGCCAGAGCUUAAUUUGUUCUGGUGGCAAAGACAACUGCCUCAAAUUCUUCGAUCCACGCGAAGACAAGCCAAUUAACACACUUACAGUCCACCGUAACGUUGUUACACGCGUACAUUGGAAUCCGAACGGAAAUCUCCUUGCAUCUUGCGGUCGUGACUCAAUGGUUUAUAUUACAGAUGUCCGCACCAUGUCCCCUAUUGCGGAAUGCAAAGGACACGAAAACGACGUUUUCGCUGUUCGUUGGCAUCCAAUCAGAGAAGAUCUUCUUGUUUCAGCCGGUUACAAAGGUGACAUUUUAUGGUGGACGACUGGAUCCAAUGAACCUAUUUAUUCCAGGAUGAAAGGACACAACAAAGCCGUUUUCCAGCUGAAAUUCAAUCCGAUGGGAACAAUUUUGGCAUCAACAGGAACAGAAGGCGUCGUAAAGUUCUGGGUAAGAAACAUGUGUGGUACUGAUUUACUCGGUUCGUAUUCUGAAGCAAAUAAAAAGAGAGAUGUCGAGAAAAAGAGAGAUGUUGAAAAAAGUGACAUUCCUGGAUUACAACGAUACAAUCCAUUGCACGGAUUACCUGAUGACGUUGAAGAAGACGAGGAAUCUGUUGUUCCAACGACAUCAAGGAACUACGUGACACCAAGUCAGUUCCACCAAGUACAGAGUCAGCCGAAUUACGAUGAUGACGAAGAUGAAGAUGACUACGCCCAAGGUGGUGUCGCUGAUGAUGACAACAAUGACGAUGACUGA